CCCUCUGCUCCUGCAAAGCGCUAAGUGGAAAACAAGGAGUGAGCUGCGGCUAGGAAAUGUAGUGAAUCGCCUCUUUUAAAUGGAAGAUAUAGACUUGUAACAAUUAGCAAUCUCGGCGUGUGUCACGUGACAUAAGAGAAGCGUUGCUGUUUAGGUCUAAACAGGACUUCAAAUCUCGAGGCUGUAAGUGAGUAACUCGGCUUUAUUGUUAGAAUCCACAGGUUCUGAUCUUUGGUUCCCUUUCCUUUAAAAGAAAAGAAAAAAAAUACUAAGAGUGCUUGUGGAUGAAUCUGGACUGAGUGGCUGGAGUUGUGGGCGAGGAAACUGUUGCAUCACUCGAGUUUGCAGUCGCACAUUACGGACUUGCUCGUUCCAUCCAAGCGCAAGACAUGAUGAAAUGUCCUGCCUCUGUGUAGAUGAGGAAUUUCGAACCGAGUCGCCGUGAAUUCAUUGAUGGGCUUGUAAAACUACGAAAAUCAAUUACCCGCAGUUCUGUUGAGCUAUACAUGUCGCCUCAGAUCGCUUCCUUUAGCGGGCGUUUUCCCUUGGAUUUUCACUCGUAGGGGAGAAGGAAGUUUCCUGCGCUCUUGAGUGGCCGAGGAAAGGUGCUGUCUGUGGUCCUGAACUCAGAAAUCUCAGCCAGGAGUUGGCCUUGAAGACAAUUUUAGGACAGAACUAGAGCUUCAGCAGAGGUUGUCCCACCAGCAGCUCCUCUUAGGGCUGAAUAUGGUAACUCUGCACAGAGUUCAUCUGCAAACAUUGCUUCUUUUGUUGUUUGACGUCCACCUGAGCAGGCCAGUAUGUGUCGAUGUGGAUUCGGAAACAGAAGCGGUGCUGGGAAACUCCAUGAAGCUGAUGUGCAUAUCCUGUUUGAAGAGGGAGGAGGUCAAAGUCAAGACAACUGUGAAAUGGUUCUUCACGCCAACAGACAACAGAAACAACACAUACAGGCAAACUCUCAUUUACCAAUAUGACAAUGAAGUCCCAGAAAGUGUUGAUGGGCAUUUCAAUGGCCGUCUAGUCUGGAAUGGUAGCAAAGAUCUACAAGAUGUAUCCAUUUUGAUCCUGAAUGUCUCAGAGAGUGACCGUGGUUUCUACGAGUGUAACAUUACUCGUCAGUUUGACUUUGGAGACUUCAACCCUACAGUUGGGACACAAAAGAACAUCACACUGACUGUGAAAGAAAAGGCCUCCAAUGACACUGCCGCAAUCUACUCUGAGAUCAUGAUGUAUGUCCUGCUGGUGUUCCUAACCUUAUGGCUGCUGGUGGAAAUGGUUCUACUGCUAUAA